AUGCUGGCGAACGGCAUCGUUGUUGUCGACAGUGAGGAUGAGGAUGUCAUCAUCACGGGUGAGUCUGCUCCACCUCGGUCUUUCCAAGGAAAGGCGGCCAAAAUUCGCAAGCGCCACAGCAAAAGGAAGAAGAAGAAGGCCAAAAAGCGCCGAAAGAUGAAAGCAGCGGCAAGGGCUGCCCCUGCGCAAGCUCCUUCGGAAGCACGGCCCGUUCCGAGGCCCGAUCCGAGAAGUGGCCGUCUAGAAGGACAAAACCAGGCUGAAGAGGCCGACGUGUUUGGAGCGUCUGCGGAGAUGCUGCACUCUCGUGUUCGUGCUGCCAAAGAGUUCCCAGCAGCCAUCUGCACGGCAUGCUUUCGUCCAUUGGCAGCCGCCGGACCUGAGGCGGCUGUGGUCGAGUUUCGUCGGCCUGGCCUGUCGGAGUCCUGUCGGGUUCACGCACAGAUCCGAUGUUUGGCAUCCGCUGGCCUGCUGCAUGCCAGCCCCGUGGGCCAGGUGCUUCCGACUGGAUCAAGGGCCAAGACUGAUCCCAUGCAAGGUUCCAGCACGCAAGGUGUGCUAAGAUCACUUCAGCGGCAGGAGCAGUCGGUCCAUGUGGCUCGGGCUCCGCGCUUGCCAAAUGCAAGGUCACUGGCUGCUGCCAGACAAAUGGCCGUAGCGGCGGCGCUGCGCACAGUACGUCGCGCGGCUCGCGAUGCAGCCGACGAGGCCGUCUCAGGUCAGCAUCGCCGACGCCAGGCCCGCGACGAUCGGCCGAGGCCUGCUGAAAGAAGCAGGACCUCGCCACUCUUUGAGGCUCUUCUGGCAGCUCUGCCGCCAGCUGAAGAACCGACCCGGCACGAGAUCCCCAAAGGGGAGCGUUGCGCUGUCUGCCACGGCAAACUUCUGCGCAAGGGACGGAAGAUCCGACGCCUGCCAUGUGGCCACAUCUUUCACGAUGAGUGCAUUCUUCCAUGGCUUCAGAAGCGCACCAUUUGCCCUCUCGACCGCCGCGACCUGUCGGAGAUGGUCCAGGCUGACAGGCCGAAACGAGAUGCCUCCUGGGUCGCGACAAUGGUCAGUCGAGAAGGCCAGGCAGAUGACGAGACCGAGGCGAUGGGCUCUCAGGAGCUUCCUGGCGACCUCCCGAAGUAUCUCAUCGCCUCCUUCCCGGCCUUGAAGCAAGUGGGCUACACGAUCCUUCCGGACAACGUGUGGCGACCCCUGGUUCUAGGUGAGGUCCAAAGCCCCACCGCCAUUGCCGUUGAUCCGCUUUCCUCGAGAAUGUUUGUAGCAGAUCCACCUCGAGGUGUGAUUUGGUGGUACCAGCUGGGCACCGGGAGCAACGGAAUGCUUCAAACAGUUGGACGGCAGCGCGCCGCCGUCGAAGGCUUCAGCGCUCACUGGUUGGCUGUCAAUGGAGCCGGCGACCUCUACUUCAGUGGACACCCGCUGCCAAAGGCGGGGGAGAAUGUCUCCGUGGACUCAGUCUGGCGGCUUGACAACGAGCAGGUCGUCACCGGGGACACCUUCAACCCCUCAGAGAUCUACACCACCGCAAACACUGGACAGCCAGAUUCCAAGGUGUACCAACUCUCUGGCCUCGCCGUGGACUCCUUCUACAUCUUCUGGGGAAACCAGGCCGGAGGCAAACAGCAUGGAGCAGUCAACAAAGGAACGCGCUCCAAUAUCGGCCUUGCGUCACAGGACAUGUUCGUGACAACGCUUGCAGAUGCUGUGGAGGAAGUUCGAGGCAUCACCACGUCCGGCACGGAAGUCUUCUGGGUGUCGCCGGACGGAGUUUUUGGACAGAGCAAGACGACGACAAGCAAGGUCUCGGACCCGACUGUUGGCUUGAUAUCUGCGCCAAGUACGGCACAGUGGAAUCCCAUGAGCAUCGCUUGGGACGGUGCAACAGAACUUUAUCUGACGGACGUAUCUGCUGGCGCUAUCUACACGGUUCCGUCAUUGAUCUCUUCGUCACAGUCACUGAGCAAAUUCGCUGAUGCACCAGACUGCCAUGGACUUGCUAUUCUAUUGAGCGCGAAAGGAUCCUGA